CUUCGUCAAAUCGGCAGUUUCUCUCUCUCUCUCUCGAUACGAAGACAAUGGCGAUGUUUUUUGAACUGAACACCGGCGCUAAGAUCCCGGCGGUUGGUCUGGGGACGUGGCAAGCAAAUUCCGGGGUCGUCGGAGACGCUGUAAUUGCCGCCGUCAAGGCUGGAUACAGACAUAUUGAUUGUGCUGCAGCAUACAACAAUCAGACUGAGGUAGGCUCAGCUCUACGGAAGCUGUAUGAAGAGGGCAUUGUGAAGCGCGAGGAUUUGUUCAUCACCUCCAAGCUAUGGUGUGCUGAUCAUGCUCCAGAAGAUGUACCAUUGGCACUGGAAAAUACUCUGAAUGAGUUGCAGACCGACUAUGUGGAUCUUUACCUCAUUCAUUGGCCAGUUCCUAUUAAAAAGGGUGCUGGUCUCAAGCCUGAAAAUAUUCUCCCACUAAAUUUGCCCGGUACAUGGGGAGCAAUGGAGAAAUUGCAUGAUUCAGGAAAAGCUCGUGCAAUUGGGAUCAGCAAUUUUUCUUCAAAGAAGUUGGAAGAUUUGCUUGCUAUUGCACGGGUUCCUCCAGCUGUCAACCAAGUGGAGUGUCAUCCCGGUUGGCAGCAGAGUAAACUCCAAGCAGUAUGCAAUGCAAAGGGUGUUCACCUCACUGCAUAUUCCCCACUUGGUUCACCUGGAACCACAUGGAUGAAGGGGAAUGUCCUUACAAACUCAGUUGUCAGUAUGAUUGCAGAGAAGUUGGGGAAGUCUCCUGCACAGGUUGCUUUAAGAUGGGGCCUUCAAAUGGGUCAUAGCGUACUGCCUAAGAGCACCAGUGAAGCAAGGAUUAAGGAGAAUCUUGAUCUUUUUGAUUGGAGUAUUCCAGAUGAUUUGUUAGCAAAGUUUUCUGAAAUUGAACAGGUGAGGCUCCUUAGAGGAAACUUUGCUAUUCAUCCUGAAAGUGUUUACAAAAGUGCGGAGGAGCUUUGGGAUGGAGAAAUCUAGUCAUUCUUCAUUUUUCAGUGGCGAGGAUAAUUGGGUCUUUAACAUUGGAAUCUGGCGUAGAGAGACCGAGAAGAAGCUGAUCGAGAUAUGGCUUUGCGUCGGAUAGAGUUUAAGAGUUCUCUUUUUCCCCUUCUUCUGUCAUUUGAGAUUCUGCUGUAUCUUGAGUAGGAACCUCGUGGCAAACAUGCGGUCACUUAGGUCAUUGAAGUGUGUUACCUGAUAUAUGUGAUCAAAUAUUGUGAUCUGUGGAAUGAUUAAUUUAUGUCAUCAGGGUGACAAAUUUAUGAUAUUUCUCUUUGCAAAGUUCA